CUCCUUCUCGAAUCGGAAUACAACUCCUUUUCCUUUUUCAAAUUCACUCAGAUGUGAGAUCUCUCUGUAUGAUUGAAGAAAUAAUCGAAUUCCAAAUUUGCAAAAGGAUAAAUACACUCCCACCAUUCGAACUGUGUUACCCAUCUCACUAAUCUUUUAAUUAGCGUUCAAAAUUUUCUUCUUUCUUCCAAACCAUCGUAGGAUUCCGUGUUUGCCGAAGAACUCUGCUCUCUGUUCCUGCUAUUUUUGAAGAAUUCUGAGAAGGUCAGGAUCCUUCUGGUUAUUAAUUGCAGCUGCUACCAGAAAGAAAGUGAAUAUGGUGGCGAUUGAUGAAAACGCGCAUGUUGCAAGGCUUAAGGGGAAAUAUGCUACCAUGGUUGUGUGUUGGCUUCUUGGUAACGGAUGCCUCUUCUCGUGGAACAGCAUGCUCACCAUUGAAGAUUACUAUGGCUAUUUGUUUCCGCAUUACCACCCUUCAAGGGUUCUUACUCUUGUGUAUCAACCAUUUGCACUUGGAACAAUUUCAAUACUUGCAUACUGGGAAGCAAAGAUCAACACCAGAAAACGGAAUCUCUUUGGAUAUGUCCUGUUCUUCAUUUGCUCCCUCGCGGUUUUAAUUUUGGAUUUAGCAACAUCUGGAAAAGGAGGGCUUGGCCCCUUCAUAGGAAUUUGUGUCAUUAGCGGCGGCUUUGGAGUUGCAGAUGCUCAUGUCCAAGGGGGAAUGGUUGGAGAUCUUUCCUUUAUGCAACCUGAACUCAUGCAGUCUUUCCUAGCUGGCUUGGCUGCCUCCGGCGCUCUUACCUCAGGUUUGAGAUUAGUAACAAAGGGAGCAUUUGAGAAUUCUCAGAAUGGCCUUCGCAAAGGAGCUCUUUUGUUCUUUGCAAUCUCGGCAUUUUUCGAGCUUCUCUGUGUUCUUCUCUACGCAUUUACCUUUCCAAAACUUCCGAUUGUGAAACACUUUCGGGCCAAGGCAGCUUCAGAGGGAUCAAAAACGGUUGCAGCUGACCUUGCCGCUGCUGGCAUCCAUAAUGUAGCAGAUGAGGCCGAGGGAAAAGCAACCGAAGUUCAACGACUUAGCAAUAAAGAACUACUGCUACAGAAUGUCGACUAUGCAAUCGACAUUUUUCUGAUAUACGCCCUCACAUUAUCCAUUUUUCCUGGAUUCCUAUCUGAAGAUACUGGAUCUCACAGUUUAGGAACAUGGUAUGCGCUCGUGCUGAUUGCAGCGUACAAUGUUAGUGACCUUAUUGGGAGAUACAUUCCACUCAUCAAGAGUAUCAAGUUAGAGUCACGCAAAGGGCUUAUGGUCUCAAUUAUUAGUCGUUUCUUACUCGUACCAGCGUUCUACUUCACAGCUAAGUAUGGCGAUCAAGGCUGGAUGAUACUCCUCACCUCAUUCUUGGGGUUGACUAAUGGUUACCUGACUGUUUGUGUGCUCACUUCUGCACCAAAAGGUUACAAGGGUCCAGAGCAGAAUGCAUUGGGGAAUUUGCUGGUUCUGUUUUUACUUGGAGGAAUAUUUGCAGGGGUAACCCUCGACUGGCUAUGGCUAAUAGGCAAGGGCUGGUAAAAGCAGUACGUUUACCGUGGACUGCUUUUAGCGAAACUACUUUGAUUACAAGCACUUGGUGAAGAGUGUUUGAUAUUCUCAUUUUUGUUCUACACUCUUAGGAGUAUUUUUUUAUCAAACAGGAUCAAUAUGUUCUCUCACAACUACUUAUGACUCAUUUUUACUCAUUUUUUAAAAUAUUUUUAUCGACAUAGUCUUAGAAUUUUAAAAA